AUGGUUAAAGUUAGUCAGCUAAACCUGCAACAUAGCAAAGCAGCUUCAUACAAUUUAGCUGCUCAAUUAGGUAAGCAAGGCACUUUUGUUGCCUUAAUUCAAGAACCUCGGGUGUACAAGGGUAAAACCCUUGGUAGGCCCAUGAACUCACACUUCUCUUCGUCAGAGGGACCUAAUAAAAGACCUAGAAUUAGCAUUUACAUUUCUAAAAAUAUAAAGGCUAUGAAAUUAUCUCAAUUUACAUCAGAGGACUUAACUGCUAUUUUAACUAAGGACAUAAACAGUUCACUGAGAGGAAACAUUUGUUUUUGCUCGGUUUACAUGGCUUAUAACCUUAACAUUCUGCAAGAAUUUACAGAUCUUGUGAGUUUCUGUGAAAUAAACAAUAUUCCUAUGGUUAUUGGUGGUGAUGUUAACGCUCACCACCUAUCAUGGGGCAGUUCUGAUACCAAUCCUAGAGGAGAAAAACUCAUGGAACUUAUAAUGAAUACCAACCUAACUUGGGUAAACAGGGAUAAUCGCUCCACCUUUGUCAACAGAAGAAGAGAAGAAGUCAUUGACCUCACAUUAACUUCUGAUAUUUACAACCUUAUUGAGAAUUGGCAU